UGAACCGCACUUACGUCAUGACUGUCAUGUCAGUGAAGUGAAAUGUGACGGGUGUUUCAUGUUUUGUCUUUUAUAUAUAACUUGUUGAUUUUAUUACUUAAAUUCAAAGUGAAAUAGCUGAACAGUACGAAUACAGUAUCCGUGAUAGAUAUGUUAUAGUUCCACAAGUGUAUAAAUCGUCUGGAAUUCGUCGUUCACGUGCCUUUGGAGCGUAUUGUCCAGGCGUGCGGCGAGGGCGCGCUGGUGGCGGAAGGCGAUGGAGGACGAGGUGACGUUUAUGUUCCAGCUGGGCGUGCUGCGCGACGUGGCCUCCGCGCCCGCGCACGCGCUCACCCUCGCGCACCUCAAGGACCUCGCCGUUAAGUUCGUGCAUGACAAGAUUCCGGACAAUGGACUGAAUCGUUUGCCGGAGCGCAUCCUGCUAUUCCGACACGACUACUGCUCACCCAACGUGCUGCAGCUCGUGAACUCCGCCGCUGACAUCACCGACGAGACUCUCGUGGAAAUAGUACUCACUGCUAACCCUGCGUUGAUUUGUGAUGGCGAGGGUGCGGAGAGCGCGCCUAUCCCGCGGCCGCACGCGCUCGCCGUGCACUCCUACAAGGCGCCCACAUUCUGCGACUUCUGUGGGGAAAUGCUCUUCGGUCUCGUCCGGCAGGGACUUAAGUGUGAAGGGUGCGGAUUGAACUAUCACAAGCGAUGUGCGGUGAAGGUGCCACUGAACUGCGAAGCGCCCGCGGGUGCGGCGAGUGCGGGCGGAGCGCCCGGCCGCCGCGCCUCGGGGGCUCCGCGCAGCCCCUCGCGCAGCUCCACGCACAGCCACGCCUCGCGCGAUGACUCGCUGGGGGGCUGGUCUUCCACUCAGGUGGGGGGUACAACAAAACGCUCAGCGAGCGCGUGGCCGCCGCCCUCCUCGUUAGGCAUUCCGCACACGUUCCAAGUGCACACGUACACGCGGCCGACAGUCUGCCGGCUGUGCAAGAAGCUGCUGCGAGGACUGUUCAAGCAGGGCCUGCAGUGCGGCGACUGCCACUACAACGCCCACCGCAAGUGUCUACCCUUCGUGCCCAAAGACUGCGGCGCUGAGAUACGAGACGCCCACAGUGCGUGUGAGUACCAGGACAGCAGCACCGGGUCGGAGUUGUCGGAGAACGCGCGCCCUGACGAGGAGUCUGAUGAAGGCGCUGAUGGCGCUGCAGACGAUGGAGACCACGAGGUGUCGAGGCGUGGAGGAGGGCAAGAGGAGCCGCAGCGCGACACACUGCCAGACCGCUCUGCUAGCAGGCCCAGCAGUUCAUCAUCUUCCCCGAGUGCCAACAUCCCGCUGAUGCGUAUCGUACAGUCUGUGAAGCACACCAAGAAGAGGGAGGGCCAGUGGCUGAAGGAGGGCUGGAUGGUGCACUUCACUAAUAAGGAUAAAACGAUCAAACGUCACUACUGGCGACUGGACAGCAAGUCAAUAACAUUAUUCACGUCGGAGCAAGGCACCAAGUACUACAAGGAGAUACCUCUCAAUGAGAUCCUCGCCGUCGACACCGCGCGACAGCCGCACGCCGACGUGAUGCACUGCUUCGAGCUGCGCACAGCCAACGUGGACUACAUGGUGGGCGUGGACCCCGCGUGGGCGGGCGCGGCCGGCGCGGUGCCGCCCCCGCCCUCCGGCGUCGGCGCGUACCUCGCGCGCUCCUGGGAGACUGCGGUGCGACAGGCCCUCAUGCCUGUCACACAUCGCGCAGCGGAGGAGAGCGCGGGGGGCGCGGAGGCGGAGGAGGGCGGCGCGGAGGCGGAGGCGGGCGGCGGCGCGGGGCGGGCGGGGCGCGCGGCGGAGAUGGCGCAGCUGUACCAGAUCUACCCGGACGAGGUGCUCGGCUCAGGACAGUUCGGCAUCGUGUAUGGCGGCCUGCACCGCCGCACGCAGAGACCUGUCGCCAUUAAGGUGAUAGAUAAACUUCGCUUCCCAACGAAACAAGAAGCACAGCUAAAGAACGAAGUAGCUAUCCUCCAGAACUUGUCACAUCCAGGCGUCGUCAACUUGGAGCGAAUGUUCGAGACUCCUGAAAGGAUAUUCGUGGUGAUGGAAAAACUGAAGGGAGAUAUGCUGGAGAUGAUACUCUCCCACGAAAAGGGUAGACUUACUGAAAGGAUUACCAAGUUCUUAGUGGCACAGAUCUUGGUAGCACUAAAGCACUUACACGAGAAGAACAUCGUGCACUGCGACCUGAAGCCGGAGAACGUGCUGCUGUCCUCAGAUGACGAGUUCCCGCAGGUGAAGCUGUGCGACUUCGGCUUCGCCAGGAUCAUAGGGGAGAAGUCCUUCAGGAGAUCUGUUGUUGGCACCCCAGCGUAUCUUGCCCCCGAAGUGCUGCGCAACAAGGGCUACAACAGGUCGCUGGACAUGUGGUCUGUGGGCGUCAUCGUGUACGUGUCUCUAUCCGGCACCUUCCCCUUCAACGAGGAUGAGGAUAUCAACGAGCAGAUACAGAACGCGGCCUUCAUGUACCCCCCCGCGCCAUGGCGGGAGAUCUCCGCUGAAGCGAUCGACUUGAUCAACAACUUGCUGCAAGUGAAGCAGCGCAAGCGGCUGUCGGUGGACAAGUGCGCGGCGCACGCCUGGCUGCAGACGCGCGAGGCCUGGCUCGACCUGCGCGCGCUCGAGCACCGCGUCAGCGCGCGCUACCUCACACACCCCAGCGACGACGCGCGCUGGCAGUGACCCCGCACCCCGCGCGCGCACCCCGCACCCGCCCCGCACUGCGCCGCGUCCAGCAAACCUGACGACGCGAAGAAAUCCAGAACAAUAAAACGCAGCUUGAAAUUCAUACUAGUGAAGAUAAAAAUGAGGCGUUAGGACACGCGUGUGACAAAUCAGGCACUUAUGUAAAAUGCCUUUUAAUUUUAUUUUUAAAAAUGUUAUUUAAUUUUAUAUUACUAUUCAAUUCAUAACAUUUAUUUAUUAUUAUGAAAUAAAGGCAUUUUAUUAAACUCUAAAGGAUGGUUCGGUUGCACUGCGGGUUACAGCCGCGCAACCGUAUAUAUGGAACUUGUUUUUACAUACAUUAUGUUUAUUUAAUUUUUAACUAUUGACAAAGUUUAUAGCAGCUUUAGUAUAUUUUAUAUUUUUAGAGAUUUCAACAUGAAAAUAAUUUGACAUAAUAAUUAGUACUUAAGUAAUGGUGAGAUCUUAUAUGGUAACUAACUACAUGGCAGGUAAGAAAAUCUUUCCUGUCAAUUCCAUAGAUAUAUAACCUAUAGAUCUGAAGCACAAUAUUAAUGUUAAAAAGGCCUUUUAAUUCUUUUGUUGGGGGCAUUUUCUCCAGCGUUUUUAUUUACAAAAUGAUUUAUCGUAAAUCGGCCAUCAGUUAUGUCUAACUUGUUUGGACCACUCUAUCUAUAGGUUAUACAUCUAUGGUUAUUUUCUUAUAUCGCUUCUUUAAUCACAUUUGUAUAUGUCUAGUCUAUGAAUACAUACAAGGCCCUUUUCUUAAACAUUCAAAUAGUGUGAUUCUUUACAAUUAUAACUAAAUAAUAACUUUAUUUU